AACGAGUGGCUGAGCAGAGCAGCACAGCAUCCACGGCUACAGCAUCCUGCAGAUGACUCUGCUCCACAGAGGAGAGGGAGGGGGAAAAAAAAGAACAAGUGCUGCCAGAGAGAAAAGGAUAGAGCCACGGAUGAAGAGAGACUGAAACGGGAGGAAAAGCACAGGAGUAAGAGUGGGAAAUGAGAGGAGUAAACACCGCUGCCUGCCUGAGGACCACUGCAGCUGUACUAAAUCUGGGGCUGUCAGGCCAACCCUCAGCAAAGCAGUGAGUGAGAGAAGCGAGGGAACAGACGGGGAAAAGGUUUGAGAGCUGAUCACAUCACUCUGGACUAGCAGGGAUGGGAACCCCGGGAGCUUUUCUGGCAGCAGAUCAAACUUCACACAGAAAAAGUGCCUUCGGUUCCCCAGUCUGAACCUGACCCAUAAGAGGAGUGAGGAAAACAGCCAAAACAAGAGAGUUCCCCUGCUGGUUCCUGAAAGGUGAGACCUCAUACGGCAACUGUGACGACUGCACUGCUGAGUACAGCCCAGCUGCUGUCCUCUUCCCAAGUCCCCCCUCGGUCCUCCCUCACACCUGCCUGCUCCCGGUGAAUGUCUUCUCUGCAUGCGCUCCCACUGCUCGGCAGUUGAACACACUCAUGGUCGAUGCCAAGGGAAGGAACAUGAAAUGUCUGACUUUCUUCUUAAUGCUUCCUGAGUCAGUGAAAAGCAAGUCCAGUAAGAGCUCCAAGAAAGGGAAUGCCAGUGGCAGCUCCAAGCUGCCCCCAGUCUGUUAUGAGAUAAUCACUCUGAGGAGCAAGAAGAAGAAGAAGAUGGCAGCAGACAUUUUUCCCACCAAAAAGCCGGCAUCCACCACCACAGUGCAACAGUACCAGCAGCAGAACCUAAACAAUAACAACACCAUACAGAACUGCAAUUGGCAAGGACUCUACUCCACUAUAAGAGAAAGAAAUUCAGUAAUGUUCAACAAUGAGCUGAUGGCAGAUGUUCACUUUGUGGUGGGUCAGACUGGGAGGACCCAGCGGCUGCCGGGACACAGGUAUGUCUUGGCUGUGGGCAGCUCAGUGUUCCACGCCAUGUUUUAUGGUGAACUGGCUGAGAACAAGGAUGAAAUCCAUAUUCCAGAUGUGGAACCGGCAGCGUUUCUGGCAAUGUUGAAGUACAUUUACUGUGACGAGAUUGACCUGUGUGCUGACACAGUGUUGGCAACUCUUUAUGCUGCCAAGAAGUACAUUGUCCCUCACCUGGCUCGUGCCUGCGUCAACUUCCUGGAGACCAGCCUGAGUGCCAAGAAUGCCUGUGUGUUACUCUCCCAGAGCUGCCUGUUCGAGGAGCCAGAGCUGACACAGCGCUGCUGGGAGGUGAUUGAUGCCCAGGCCGAGCUGGCGCUACGCUCGGAGGGCUUCUGCGACAUCGACUCCCAGACCCUGGAGAGUAUCCUACAGCGAGAGACACUCAAUGCUAAAGAGAUAGUGGUAUUUGAGGCAGCACUAAACUGGGCUGAAGCUGAGUGCCAAAGACAGGAGCUCACCUCGUCAACUGAUAACAAGCGUAAGGUUUUGGGCAAGGCCAUGUUCCUGAUACGUAUCCCCACGAUGGCUCUGGAUGAUUUUGCCAACGGAGCAGCCCAGUCGGGUGUGUUGACACUGACUGAGACCAAUGACAUUUUCCUGUGGUACACAGCAGCAAAGAAACCUGAUCUGGAGUUUGUCAGCCAGCCUAGGAAGGGCCUGACACCCCAGCGCUGCCACAGAUUUCAGUCCUGUGCCUACCGAAGCAAUCAGUGGCGCUAUCGGGGCCGCUGUGACAGUAUACAGUUUGCAGUGGAUAAAAGAGUUUUCAUUGCUGGUUUUGGACUGUAUGGAUCUAGCUGUGGCUCAGCAGAGUACAGUGCCAAGAUUGAGUUGAAACGUCAAGGUGUGCUUCUGGGACAAAAUCUCAGUAAAUAUUUCUCCGACGGUUCCAGCAACACCUUUCCUGUUUGGUUCGAGUAUCCAGUCCAGAUCGAGCCUGAUACCUUCUACACUGCCAGUGUGGUUCUGGAUGGAAACGAGCUGAGCUACUUUGGACAAGAAGGGAUGACAGAGGUGCAGUGUGGGAAAGUGACAUUUCAGUUCCAGUGCUCCUCGGACAGCACUAACGGCACAGGGGUGCAGGGGGGACAGAUUCCUGAGCUCAUCUUCUACGCUUGACAACCCCUGUACAUACAUUCAACAGAUUUCAGUGCACUUAUGGAAAAUGGAAAAAUAUCACUCUGUGCAUAGUGUCACUUUCUGUUAUUUAUUUUCAUCACUAUUGUUAAAAAAAUCUCAGACCUGUGAAGGGGUCUUGUGUGGUUUUCAUUUCAGUGAUUGGUCCAUUUGAGUAGGACCAGAUAUAUGUUUCAAGAUGUUGAAUCGUCCAAAUACACGGAUGAAAAAAAGUCCUAAAGAUAAAAAAAAUAUCUUGCACUAAACGUGCAUGUACAUAUAAAUAUAUGUAAAUUCCAAAAUGUAUAUGAUGCCACGACUGUGGCCAAUGCUGCCCACAAAGAUAUCUUAUAUGAUGAAUAUGCUACAGUAUGUUUAUUAUUUCUAUGCUUGCAUAGAAUGCACAUAUAUAGCAGCAAUACUUCACAUUCUAUAUUCUGAAACAAGCAUUUCAUGCCAUGACUCAGUCUGGACCAUCAGCAUUAUAAAUGAAGUGAAAAAGGCUGUGUGAUACCUAAUACCAACCUAAAAUUUCAUGAGGCAUCUGUAUUUGAGUGGUUUUAAUUGAAUCUGCAGCUUUUUGAUACUUCAAAUCUAGUAACCGGGUACUUAGAGAGGGCUUGAGGGGUCUUAGAUUAGAGAGCACUAGAUAUAAUGAGACACAUAAGCCCUACAGUAUCUCUCUGUAGCAUGUUGCUCUGCACCUACACUCAUCUCAGUCACUCCAGUGGGGAUUCAUUUAGAUCAGUCUCAUUAUGUUAACAGUAAAACUUUACUUAAAGUUGUCACCAUUCACCACUGCGUGGUAGAGUGAAAUAUUUCUUUGGUUUUCUAUGUAAAUCUGUCUGCAUUGCAGCACUUAAAGCAUGGGCAGAACUGUUCCAUUUCAUCUACAGUGUACUACUAAUUGUUCUAGCGCCUUUGUUUUGUUUACAGCAAAAAGAUCAAUGAUUGAUUCAGUGUUAGAAGCUGUUUAUCUUAUGGACUUUUACUUCUCUUUGUUAAAAAAAAAAAAAACUCUGUACACACUGAACUGCUGAGCACUCCCUCCCAAUGUGAUCAUACAGUAUCAGUACCUGCAGAAGCAUACUGUUUAUGCUACAGAAUUGCACUGAUGUGGGUUUGUAAUUGAAAUGGUCUAUUUGUUUUAUUUGUUCUUUUUAAUGAGGCAGAUUUUUUAUGUCUUUUUUUUUUAAUUUACAGUGCUUCUUAUUUUUUUGUUUGUGGCAUAGGAUAAACAUCCACAGGCUCGUCCGCUGAUGACAACGGAGCGACAAACUGGCAUUCAUGUCCUGUGUUUACGUGCUACAGUGCUGGGAGACCAACGAAUGUGUAUGAUUGUUGAUGAUGCAAAUAAACAAAACAAGUGGUACA